AUGACACAUUAUUUCAACUUGUUCGUGAUUGUGCCUACGGCUGUCAUAUCGGGCAGUGAUGAGUACCAUACACCCGAAGGAAAUUCAAUAGUAUUAUGCUGUAAAAUUGAAAAUAGCCCGGUACCGCCGCAAUACGUGUUAUGGUAUCAUAAUGGCAAAGUUAUAUCUUCCGGUCAUUUUAAUAAAAAUGGACUGAAAACUGAUCGCCUGUCUAUCAGCACGGAACAGAUAGAUCGUAAAAUUUACAGUCGCUUGACAAUCACAAAAGCAAUCCAGAUUGAUACAGGAAAUUAUACGUGUCAGCCUCCAAACACUGACCCAGACUCUACUUACAUUCACAUCACGCCAGAAAUUGACAACACAGCAGCAAUUCAACGGCAUAAAAGCUCAAAUUCAGCUCUGUUAGUGACAGAAUUGUCAAUUUUCCCAUUGACAUCGUUCCUUCUUAUUGGACACAAUGGAUUUCGAUGGGUUUUUUUAUAA